UUAAGUAAUAAUACAAAAAAAUCCCAAAGAUCAAAUUGGCUAGAAAUAAGUUCGAAAAAUAAAGAUGAGAAUGACGAAAAAAUAUUAAAUUACAAAAAAAAACAUUAAAAUAAUGUUAGCCAUUAGAUGAUUAGAAAAUAGGGCCAAUACUAAACUAUAUAUUCUUUAAAAAAGCAAGAUAAUUAAAUUUUUUUAAUGAAUACCUAUUUUGUCAUCAUCAUUAAUAUUGACCAUGUAGUUACUUGUAUUUAGGAUUAUUAUAAUUAUUAUGUGGGGGGUGGUUUGCCUUUGCCUCACUUUGACGUCAGUUUAGUAUGGACCCGCCCGCCUGCUCAGUGGCAGAGAGAGAGAGAGAGAGAGAGAGAGACACUCCACGGCAGCCCAGACACCACCACACUGCUGAGCUGCUGGUGCGGGACCCAGACCGAGACAGAGACAAAGAUCAGGACCAGGACCAGGACCAGGAUCUGGAUGCGGGCAUCCUUGGAUUCUAACGGCUAACACUCGGGCCCCGGGCUGUGCGUAAAACUUACGGGAGCAGGAUGGUGCGCACCUCGGCGCUGGCUGCUGCUGCUAGUGGCCGCGCAGUGGCGCCGGGAUUGCGGUCAAUGUGACAUUCACACGCCCCGUGUGUGGUUUGGUUGAGUUUUUAUUGUUCUGGUCCUCCCGGGUCUCCCCGUGUGUGUGUGUGUGUGUGUGUGUGUGGAGACGGACGCACAGCGGAGCGGAGCGGAGCGCAGCGGCGAUCCGUGGAGGAGACUGGGAAGAUGUUGAGCCGAUUUAUGAGUGGCAGCAUCAGGAAUCUGGAGAGGGAAUACAGCUGCACCGUCAGACUGCUGGACGACACCGAGUAUACGUGCACCAUUCAGCGUGAUGCAAAGGGACAAUAUCUGUUUGACCUCAUCUGUCACCACCUCAACCUGCUAGAGAAGGAUUAUUUCGGCAUCAGAUAUGUGGAUCCAGACAAACAGAGGCACUGGUUGGAGUUCCCCAAGUCUAUUGCCAAGCAAAUGAAAUCUCAGCCUCCGUUCACCAUGUGUCUGAGAGUCAAGUUCUACCCUCCUGAUCCUGCUGUUCUGAGGGAGGAAAUCACUCGAUAUCUCGUCUUCCUGCAGAUAAAGAGAGACCUGUAUCACGGUCGGCUCCUGUGCAAAACCUCGGAUGCAGCCAUGUUGGCUGCUUACAUUCUACAAGCUGAGAUCGGUGACUACGACCCCGGAAAGCAUCCUGAAGGCUACAGCUCCAAGUUCCAGUUUUUCCCUAAACACUCUGAGAGGCUGGAGCGACGGAUCGCUGAUAUACACAAAACAGAGCUGAUAGGACAGACUCCAGAAACAUCAGAGAGGAACUUCCUCCAGAAAGCUCAGAUGUUGGAGACGUAUGGUGUUGAUCCUCAUCCAUGCAAGGACGUGUCUGGGAACCCAGCGUUUCUGGCCUUCACGCCGUUCGGUUUCAUGGUUCUUCAGGGAAACAAGAGAGUCCACUUCCUGAAAUGGAACGAGGUGAGCAAGCUGAAGUUUGAAGGCAAGACCUUCCACGUAUAUGCAAACCAGAAGGAGGACAAAAAGAUCAUCCUGACGUACUUUGCGCCGACCCCUGAGGCCUGCAAGCAUCUUUGGAAAUGUGGGGUGGAGAACCAGGCGUUCUACAAGAUGGAGAAGUCGAGCCAGGUGCGAACGGUGUCCAGCAGCAACCUGUUCUUCAAGGGCAGUCGUUUCCGGUACAGUGGACGAGUGGCAAAGGAGGUGAUGGAGCAGAGCGCCAAAAUCAAACGAGAACCUCCAGAAAUACACAGAGCUGGGAUGGUGCCCAGCAGAAGUUGUCCAUCCAUCACCCACGGUCCUCGUCUCAGCAGUGUACCGCGGACACGUCGGAGAGCGGUGCAUAUAUCAAUCAUUGAGGGUUUGGAGUCCUUGCGAGACAGUGCCCACUCUACGCCGGUGCGUUCAGUGUCCCACAGCGACUCGUUCAUGCCACGCUCCCGGAGCCAGGCCACAGACUCCAGCGACGGAGUGGCGGUCCUCUCCGACGAGUCCUACAGCCCCUCCGACAGCGUCAUGCCCACCCCAGUGGCUGAACACUCCAUGGAGCUGGCCACCGCGCGCCACGUCAACGGAGCACCCUGCAGCAUCGAGGAGGAGAAGGAGUCCGAGGCCGGGACACCCAUGUACGGGGAGUCGGGUGACUUUAGUGCGGAUGUCAAAUCUGGCCCGGAGGCUGCGGCGGGGGAUUCGGCCCUGAGUGAAGUGGAGCAGGUGAACAAGUUUGUCCUGAGCGUCCUGCGUCUGCUCCUGGUCACCAUUGGACUUCUGUUUGUCCUGCUCCUGCUCCUCAUCAUCCUCACCGAGUCGGACCUUGACAUAGCAUUUUUGCGAGAUAUCCGACAGACCCCAGAAUUUGAACAGUUCCAUUAUGAAUACUUUUGCCCUCUCAGGCGAUGGUUCGCCUGCAAACUACGCUGGAUUGGAGAGCUGCUCAUUAAGCCAGAAUGAGGCUGCAGUGUUGCUAAACCCAUUUUAGGAGGAGGGUUUGGGGGUUUAGGGAGGCGGGGGGGGUACUACUGAGUGACGGAGGGCAGACUCAUCUCAAUCAUGAAACCCUGCUCCCACCAUCGUCCUCCAGGAGACAAACAGCUUGGACCAGAAUCUCCAAACGUCCACGUCUUCACUCAACCCCCGGCAAUUCUACUUUUUUUUUUUUUUUUUUCUACAAGUGCAGUAAACGUAUCUGCUGUUUUUGUUUCAGGUCAUUUCAGGUAUUUUAUUUUUCCAGAUAAAACAAAGGAAAAAAAAAAUAGGUCAAACUGAAAUGGAGAAUUUUGAAGAGCUUCUUUCUCGAGAACGAGCGAUAGAGGAUCUGCCUUCAGUUUCUUUUCUUUUUUUUAAAAUUUAUUUUCUUUAAACAUGCAGUAUAUAUUUAGGUUUUUAUGUUUUAAGAAAAGCAGAAGAGAUGAAUACCAGGAAACUAAGAAAGUCGUCGUGACAAGAUGGAAAUGAGGAAGUUUGUAUUUUGAUUAUUUAUCCUGUUCAGGAGGACAAGAAGAAGAAAAUGAUUAGAAAUCACACUGGACGCCUGGAAAAACCGGGAAUCGAUGAAUUUGUUACCAAAUGCCUUUUUGAAGAGAAUAUCAACGACUUUGGGUUUUGUGGAAUGUUGUAAGAUCCGAGUUACACUUAAAAUAAACUCUGGUCAAGAAAAACAAAAGUGUUUCCCUAAGGUUUGACAAGGUAAAUAAAAAGCAGUAACAAUAGUGUUAUAACGUGGUUUAGUCGUGUUCACUAAGAACAACCAGACACUGUUAGUUGAUAGAAUAAGCCUGUGAUGUUGAUAUGGUUUUGAAAAAAAUGAAGGAGUAUUUUCAAUGUGCUCUUCACAUCAGUCUUUUUUUCUUUUUUUUUUCAAACUCACCAAUCGCUAAGCCCCGACGUUUUUGUACAGCUUUAAAAUACAAACUGUGCCCUAUGAAAAUCUAGACAAGAAAAAGCAAAGCAAGACAAAAGACAGGAAUGUUGGAGGACCAACAGCAGCCUCUGCUGGCUGGUUUGUGUCAGUGUACAAUAGCGGUGACCCGCGAUAAAAAUCAGUGAAACAUAAA